CCACACUAUGGGUGUGUGAUAGUCUCUCCUGUGGACCGUUUACAUCAUUGGAAGGUGAUCAGUAGUGUGUGAGUUCUCACAUGGCUUGUCCUGAGAACAUGUUUUUUCUCAUUGGCCUCUUUAUGUCAGGUGUUUUGGCCUGUUUUGGCCAACGAGGUUUGAUCGCCACAAUGCCAGAUAGACUGGAUGUACUGACUGGCUCCUGUGUGCAAAUCCCAUGUGCAUUUGAUAAUCCUUACCAAUAUGUCUAUUCAUUUGACAGCACAAUACUUACCUCUGGAGUGUGGAUUAAAGAAUCACCACAGUUUGCUCAGAGUCCGAACAAUGUUGUAUUUAACAGUGGUAAGAAGGUCAACAGAUAUCAAGGGAAGAUAACUGGAAACAUGUCCCAGCAGAACUGCACCACAGUCUUCUUCAAUGUAACCACAAGUUACUCUGAUAAAUACUUCUUCAGGAUUGAAAGUCAACCAUUCCGUUUAACAUACCCUGAAAAGUAUGUUGAAAUAGUUGUCAUGGAUUUGCCUCCCAGCCCCAUCAUUACUGUCUCAGGUGAGGUGCAGGAAGGGACCCCUGUCAGUUUGAACUGCUCUGCUGUCGCUCCCUGUCCUGAACACCCCCCUGAGCUGGCAUGGACUCUCCCAACACAGUUCACACCUGAGAACCAACUGCAGGAGAAUCCAGACCAAACCAAAUCAGUUCUCUCCACGGUGACUUUCACUCCAUCAUACCUUCAUCAUGAGAAGAACAUCACUUGUACUGCAGUCUACCCAGUAGGGACAAGCAACAAGACAGCUGAACAUACCAUGAUGCUUCACGUUUCAUUCUCUCCUAAGGACACCUCAGCCUCCAUCAGUCCAGCUGAUCCAGUAUUAGUGGGCAGCUGUGUUAAUCUGACCUGCAGCAGUACAGCCAACCCUCCUGUGACAAACUUCACCUGGUUCCAGAUCAGUGGGGGUAAACCAACACAGGUAGCAUCUGGACAGAGUUACACCCUCAAUGUGACUGUUGGUGAUGGAGGACUGUACUACUGUGAAGCAAGAAAUAGUCACGGCCGUGGGAAGUCAGAGGAAGAGAAGCUGGCUAUUAUAGGGCAAGAGGAGCCUGUUAACCCAAAGGUUUAUGAGAUUAUAGGAAAAACCUUGGCGUUGCUUUUCCUUUUCAGCCUGAUCGUGUUCUUUGCAUGGAGGAGGAGAACAUCUAGACUCUCCAAUGGGUUUGAAAUGACAGACCGUUCAUAGGGACAGAACUCCCCGGUUGGGACGGUGUUCUCUAACCAGGCCACGGUCGGGAGAGGGGACCAGGAACCACCACGUAACUGCCUAGAUGGGCUUUAUGUACAAGUGAAUAAAAGAGGUGCAUGUUAAGUAUUUUGCCAAUAGGUAUUAAGUGUUAAUGUAGAUUAAUGUCAUUAUGUAUUUGUUUUCUAUUGGUACUUUAGUUACUUUUAUAUUUGUGUGCUCUUUGAUUAUCUGCAUAUUUGUAGAAUUUACUGGGAUGAAAAGUGUUUAACUGCUACUAUAGUGGUGAUACGAUGAUGUAGGCUACUCUUUAUUUUGAGCCAAUUUAUUGUGUGUUGAGUUCACAGAGCAUUGUUUAAUGGGUUCCAGUAUAGAGGAACUGCUGAGUUCAACUAUCUUACUGAAGGCAGUUUAAGACCAUAUAAAGUCAAUGAUGACUGAGGAGAGAAGACACAGUUAGUUGGAGAGACAGUGGUCUGAUACAAGACAGGAAGUUGGUGAAGUAUGUCUACAUGACGGCAGAAUGGUGUUAACAUCUACUAGUCACUGUUUCUCUGCAUCUUUUGUGCAGUUACCAGAAUAAUAAUAUUAUCUAUUUUAACUUUAUAUCUAUUUAGAAGUUAUUGUGUCAGUUUUAUAUUGAGUUUUAAACCAGAUGAACAAUUGGGACUGAAUUCAUGGUUGUUUAUUAAUUGCACUGUAAUCAAAACCUUUACAUUAAAUUCCCAUGAAAUAUUUUGGUCUUAUUGGUCCAACAUUUUACAUAUCUCAUUAAAAUGGAAUACAUUGAGAUGUUGUGUCACUGGCCUACACACAACCCCAUAAUGUGGAAUAAUGUUUUUAGACAUUAAAAAAAUACAAAAUGAAAAAAGGAACUUUCUCGAGUCAAUAUUUAUUCAACCCCUUUCUUAAGGCAAGCCUAAAUAAGUUCAGGAGUAAGAUUUGCAUAACA